GAAGAGCAGUAUGCAUUUGGGACUACCUCGUCUCCAUCCUCUCAGGUCUGAACAGACAGCGGAUUCUUGACCUGACGUCCUAAUCUCACUACUGCAGCGCUGGAGGUGAACUCGCGGUAACAACAGCCACAUGUCAUCUGUCCAGCGUCGGUCCAGUAGUUUGCAGCCUGGUGCCAGCUCAGCCCCUCCCUCCUGCGAGCUUCAGGCGGACGCCGGUACGGUCCUCACUGCAGUCCGCAGUAAAUCCACCGGCGCCCGUCAGAGUGCAGCAGACUGCAGUCUCCAUCACACUCUGCCUCCCUGCGCUCCCCUGGCAGGUGGAAAGGACACACACGGGGCCGGAAAAAUGGCUUUCAUCUCAGUCUUGGCGAUGUUGGCCCUAGUGGUCUCUGCUGAAGGAAGUGUUGGGCCUGGCUCCAGUUCAUCCCAAAGUCGAUGGAUGGAUGAAACAGGGAAGGGCCUUCCCCAAACCAUUAAAAACAGCCCUAGACCAAAGCCGAGUACCAACACUAGCUUUUGCACAGAGUCAAAGGAAUGUCUGGAAUAUGAGCUGGUCUGCAUAACAGAUGAAUAUGAGGUGCGACACUACAGCCCCACUCGCUGGGUGUCGACAGAUGCCGAAGCCUAUUUCAUGGGCGUGGGUGCUGCCAUGGCCUUCCGGAGACUUUUCCAGUACAUCACUGGAACCAAUGAAGGAGGCAUCCAGAUGGAGAUGACUGCCCCUGUCCUGGUCAAGAUCCCAGAGGAGACCAAGAUGUGGGAGCCAGCUGUCUACACACUCAACUUCCCGCUGCCGGCAGCCUAUCAGGAGAAGCCGCCCGCACCCACAAAUGACAAGCUGUAUUUCACUGAGAUGCCUGAAAUGGACGUCUAUGUGAGGAGUUACGGAGGCUGGAUGCUGUCAGUCACCUCCAGGCUUCACGCUCACCUGCUGACUAAAGAACUGGCGAGAGUUCGAGCUUCCUACAACCACAGUUACCACUAUGGAGUCGGCUAUGAUAGUCCCUUGAAGCUGUUGAACAGGCACAAUGAGGUGUGGUAUGUGGCCGAGGGGGAGCUAGUUUGCACAGAUCCACAGGAACCGACCCCUGCACACACACCCAGGCCGACUCUGACCAACUCACCCACAGACUCUGCUUCUGACCCUCUCCCACACACACUCUCUGAUUCGCCCUCACUCACUCCCUCAAACCUAUCCUCAAAUACAACAUCUAACUCCUCUGACACACCCGCUCUCCCCCCAUCUAAUGCUCCACCUAGUGCUUCAUCCAACCUGCCCGCUGAUGCCGCGUUCAGCCAUACCCCUACCUCUGCCCAGAUUCUGCUGGACCCAACGACCAACUCUUCCGAUCCCAUCUCUGUGAGCCCAUCCCUGGAGCCCCAGUCUGACGCUGCCCUGUGGAACAGCACAGUCCACAGCUCUUUGGAUAAACAAGCUGACAGUAGCCCUGUGAUCGAACCAAAUGACGCUCAUUAGCAACAGUCAAAUUUGAUUUAAGCAGCAAUUCUAGGUACAUUAAGAUGGAAUCUAAAUAGAAAAGAAGCAGUGGAGAUGUUGCAGAAAAAUGAGUGAUUGUGUGUGUUAGCUGUAGAAGCUGUUCUCUUUGUCCUUAUCUCUCUAUUGCUACAUAUUACACCAACUCUUCCUUAUGGCACUUAGUGUUUAACUAUAUGUUCUAUCACAGCUUUGCACCUGCAGCUUCCUGUAUCAUCAAAUACAUGCGUGUCCACUUUGUCGUUCUGAGGUUAUCAUACAGCUGCGUUUAUAGAAUGAAGUAAGAUGUAUGUAUUAGUAAGAAAGUUAGAAUUCGAGGUUAUUGUGUUUAUUCACCAGCUAAAGCUGAAGGCAGGGAUAGAUGCUGUUUAUAACAUCAGUUUAACCCUAAAACUAACUUAUCAACUAAUAGAACUUCAAUGGAAAUCUCUCUGUAAUUGGUAAGUAAAGUGUAUGCUGGGACUAACCACAGUAGGCCAAUAUAUCAGAGGAAGCUUAACAGUCAUAAUGUGUUCUAUCCACUGUUGUAAAUGGAGUUUGAUGCUGUAAUUAGUGAUUCUUCAAAGUUUCUGUCUAUAGUUUCCAGCCAUAACAUCCUAUAAGCUUCUACUCUCCGUUUAGCUUUAGUUAGUUAAUUUAAUGAUACGUGGUGAAUCAUUAUAAAUUAAGUGGGCACAUUCAUUGGGAUCUUUGAUGCAGCCUUAAACCUGAUUACUAAUACUGUAUGGCUCUAUAUAAUAGUUGAUGAAAUUUCCAAAAUUUGGAUCAAACCUUUUUUCCCAGUAUUAUAAAGUGCCUGUAAAAACAUUGGCCUUAUGUUUUGCAAAACCUAUUGUCUCAGCAUUUUAAAUCAAUUUUCAGUUACACUUACAAUUUGAUAUUAUAACAUACAGUAUGCUGUGUACUCGAAAAUGACUUGUUUGAUUUUCCCUUACUUUCCCUGUUAAAAGCUCAGCAAAAAAACAGCAAUAAAUAUUUUAGCAUCUUUGAAUCCACAAAAGCAAUUCCAGAUAUAAGUGUAAAAAUUAAUUAUUUCCAAAAUUGAUUUUUCUUUACGCUAACUUAGACCAAAAUGUUUCAGGAGAUAAGAUGACCUAAUGAUACAAAACGGCGAGAUUCAUACACAUAAGCGCAGCUCUGGUCCCCUUGAGUACUGUGAUUAGAUUUCUGUUCUGUUCUGCCCGGAUGUUAAAUCCUGGACACUUUUCUGUGUAUCUGUACCUAGAAAAUCAGCCAACAACAAGCCCAUAUCUUAAUUCUUAGCCUUGGUAAAUGAUCAUGUAAAAGCUACCCAGAAUCUAACUUAAAAGUGGUAGGACUGCCCCAAAGAUCCCAAAGAGUCACGCCUGAUCAACCAAUGCAAUACAAGUUACAUCAAUUAAUAAAUGACAUUCUCUAUCUAUGUGCAUCUGAGCUACAUACUGUAUGUUCUGAGGAAGGUGCAAUAAAAAAAAACCCCAUAAACUCUU